AUGACAACCACCACGGUGACUGGGACGGGGCGCCGCGCGUCCAUCUCCAUACGACAACCAAAUUGGCCACAGAACAACAACAAAACGGCGCCCAGCCCUCAGAGUCCGUUGGAUAAAUUUCCCUCGUAUGUGGAUGAGACUCUGGACACAGUCCCAAACAGUCUUGGACAGCCAGGACAGGAUGAUCUGUGGCAAGCGCGGAAACCUCCCACCACCCAUUUAGCAUGGGACCCUAGGACUCCUUCGAAGCAUCGUCCGCGCAAAAGCAUUAGCGAGACGAUAAGUACGAUUCGGACCCGGAAGGCAAGCAUGAGUGCCAAUGCUCAAGAAAUAGCUGAAGUCCUCCGGGCACCAGUGUCGUACAAGUUGAUUGGUCUCUGUCUCAUCUGGUAUAUGACCUCAGCUGUUACCAACACUUCCUCAAAGUCGAUCCUCACUGCGCUCCCGAGACCUAUCACUCUUACCCUUAUACAAUUUGCAUUUGUCUCAAUAUGGUGCCUUUUGAUUGCAUACUGCUCAACUAUCUUCCCGUCUCUGAAGAAAGCGAUCCCAGCCCUUCGACAUGGCAUAGCCCCGCCAUCUCGUGAAGUUAUCAUGACGGCGUUGCCCUUGGCCGUCUUUCAACUUUUAGGACAUAUCCUAAGCUCAAUGGCGACAUCUCAAAUACCGGUAUCGUUAGUUCACACUAUCAAGGGUCUUUCGCCACUAUUUACAGUGGUAGCAUACCGCGUUUUCUUCAGAAUUAGAUACGCACGCGCAACAUAUCUAUCCCUAGUGCCAUUGACAAUGGGUGUGAUGCUCGCAUGUGCAACAGGGUUCUCGAGCAAUUUCUUUGGCAUAAUCUGUGCCUUACUUGCGGCUCUGAUUUUUGUGUCGCAAAACAUAUUCUCGAAGAAACUUUUUAACGAGGCUGAUCGCGCUGAAGCUGCUGGACGGCGCAAACUGGAUAAAAUGAACCUACUCUACUACUGCUCUGGUCUCGCAUUUUUGCUCACUCUACCUCUCUGGUUCCUCGCUGAGGGCUAUCCUAUGAUUUCCGACUUCCUCAACAAUGGCGCAAUCACCCUCUCCGAGAAACAAGGCUCGUUAGACCACGGAGCCCUCUUUCUCGAAUUCGUUUUCAAUGGCGUCUCUCACUUUGCCCAAAACAUAUUGGCCUUUGUGCUGCUAUCUAUGGUCUCCCCAGUCUCCUACUCGGUGGCGUCCUUGAUCAAGCGUGUCUUCGUCGUCGUCGUGGCCAUCCUUUGGUUUGGCAGUCCUACCACCUCCACCCAAGCGGUUGGAAUCGCCCUGACAUUCCUGGGCCUGUACCUCUAUGACCGGAACAGCCAUGAUGACGUUGCAGAUCGGCGAGCAAACGCCGAUCAUUUCAGCGACCGAGAGUCGGUUUUACCGGUCUCUACGAACAAAAUGAGGGAAACCAAUGGCUUUACUUUCCCCCCCAUCAAACCCGUAGAUCGCCCUGAGCAUCCGCCGGUGACGGAUGAGAAAAAGGAAGACGAUCGUCCAGGUUUUAGUCGACCCCGAGGCGCAAGUCUGGCUCGGAACUGGCUCCCGCCAGGGACAAAACAGGAGACUACUUGGCAAGCCGGGGAUGCUAGCACGCGAUGA